AUGUUUUUAUUUGUGAUUUUGUCAGCUGUAUUAUUAACAGCUAAUGGACAAUAUCGAGGCGCAGCGCGUGAUUAUGAUUACGACGGUGGAUCAAGUGCAAGUGGAGGUGCCUAUCAAGAACCACGACAGGCAUAUCGUCCAGUUGCAGCAGCAGCUGAUUAUACACAACAGUAUACAUCGCCCCAACAGCCUUUACAGCCCCAACCAGCAAUUAUUAUGCAUAAGCAAGCCUUAACACAUGAUGGUGGAUUUAAUUACGCUUUUGCUGCCGAUAACGGUUUAAAACAGGGAGAAUCAAUUGCUCCAGACGGCACACGAACAGGUGCCUACCAAUAUGUCGAUCCAAACGGCAAAACGAUUAGUGUCAAAUAUACAGCUGGUAAAGAUGGAUUUAAAAUAUUAGAAGGUGCUCAUAUACCAAAACCACAUCCAGCUAUUGAACAAUUAAGUGCUCAAAAACCAUUACCACAAUACCAACCACCACAAUCUCAAUACCAGCCACAAUACAAACCACAAUAUCAAUCAUCAAUUCCACAAUAUAAAUCCGCACCAUCACCAGUCUAUUCAAAAUACAAUAAUGCACAAGAUGAAGAUGAUGGCUCAUAUCGUGGUGAAGCUGCAUACACAAACGCAGGUCCACAAACAUUCUCCCCAGUCUCACAACCCAAAUAUGUUUCACAACCUAAAUAUGUUUCGCAACAGCCAAUUAGUAGGCCAGCAGUUCCACAAUACCGGGCAGCAAGUAAUGCAAUUGAAAGGAAUGAGGAACAUGAUGCGUAUAGUGUAGAACCAGGCAAACCACAUUCCUUUGGUUCAGGAUAUUCAUUUGAAUUUGGUGGAUAAAUCAAAUUUCUUUCAUUAUUGAGUCAAAC